CAACUCAUCAGUUACAUGCCAUUGGGCAUCACAAACAGUUUGGCGUUUAAAAUUGUGUGUUGAACGCGAGUGUGGUGGCGUGGCGCGUUUGUUGGAUGUUGUAAAAAUUUUGUAACGCUUAUAAACAAUAAAAGGGCGGUUAAUUUUCAUUUUGCGUUACAUUAUUUGUUCCUUUGCUGCCUUUUGAGGCUAUUUGUGUUAAUAAAAAAAAUAAAUAAAUAAAUUAAAAAUUCGAAUGCAGUCAAUACGCGAUUUGAUGCUCAUUUUUAUUGGAUUGGCCUUUCUAACUUUACCCGAAAUUUAUGACACCACAUUUUUGUAUCACCAUAUUCAAAAAUGGAAAGCAAUGGCGACUUCGAUGCGUUACAUUCAGGAGACGAUGCUGCGCACCAGCUUGAAUCGUGCUAAACCAAAUUCGGGGAUCGUCUUUGAGUGUCGUACAACCUCAAAUAUGCGACUUGGAGACGAAUAUCACUUUGAUCUACAAUUAGGCGAUUUGCGUGGAUUUCAUCGCCUGGAUCCGCGCCGAAAGUUGGCACUAUUCUUACAUGGUUGGAACGACGAAGGCAGCAAAGAGUGGGUGCAGGAUAUGUUAAAAACUUGGACGCACUUCGAUCCGAAUUAUAGUGUCUGCGUUGUUGAUUGGGGCCAUUUGUCAAAGGUGGACUACAAAACGGCAUCGAUGUCUAUAUUUGAUGUUGGCCUCACCGUAGCUGGCAUUAUCAAAGCAAUGGAGAAUUUGCGACCAAACCAAUUUACACGUCGCAACGUCACUUUGGCUGGCUACAGUUUGGGUGCGCAUGCGGCUGGCUAUGCGGGUGUUAUGCUCAAUGGUGAAGUUGAACAAAUCAUUGGUCUUGAUCCUGCCGGUCCGCUCUUCACGCUGCCAGCUGUAGUAUCAACGGAUUUUCGACUGGAUCCCAGCGACGCAGAAUUUGUGCAAGUGUUGCACACAUCAGGCGACACUUUGGGUACCAGCGUUAAAUCGGGACAUGCCGACUUUUAUCCGAAUGGUGGAAAAGCGCCGCAACGCCACUGUCAAGUAUUGCUUUCGGGUUUUCAGAACAAUGCGGUUGCAUGCAGCCACAGCUCAUCGGCUGUGUUUUUCAAGCAAUCCAUGGAUCCGGCGUUUCCCUUCAUGGGCUACCAUUGCAGCAGCUAUGAAAAUUUUGAGCAGGGUCUUUGUGCGCAGAACUAUCGAGGUCGUUUCGGCAUACAUUCCCAACGCCGCAACCAUGGCGAUUUUUACUUCGACACCGAAUCCCAACCGCCGUACGUUCAACGCAGACAAUGGCAACAGCGGUGGCUUCAUCAGCAACGACAGAAAUGGCGCCGACGUCAGCGGGUGGACGGUUUGGCGGCUUUGGGAAAAAACGCUUUGAUGACUGUGACGCUUCCGACAGCAGCAGUGCAACCUAGGCGACGCAAAUGGCCAAGGCGACGUCAACGUAAAUGGGCAGCGGCGUUGUAA